AUGACUCAAGCGAUACCCACAAAUCCACCAAAGUCGACAGCGACAGGCGAAGUCGCACGCAAAUACCAGGAAGAAAUCUUCAGACAAGCCCAGAAAGGAAAUGUCAUCGCAUACCUCAGGACCGGACUGGGGAAGACUCUAAUUAGCGUGCUGUUGAUGCGCUGGAUGUGCACGCAAGAGAAGGCGAAGGACAAGGCAAUCAUCUUCCUUGUUCCAAAGGUCGCCCUCGUCGAGCAGCAGGCCAACUACAUCCAUAAACAGACGGGAUUAAGGACCUGUAAAAUCCACGGUGCUCUGAAUCUCAGUUUUGCCGACCGUGAUGGGUGGAAGAAGCGUUUCGCAGACCACGAUGUAUUCGUGACGACGCCCCAGAUGUUUCUGGAGGCUAUUACCCAUGCAGUCUGGAAGAUUGAACAAUGCUCCUUGAUCAUCUUUGACGAGUGCCAUCAUGCACGCAAGAACCACCCUUACAACGGGAUUAUGAGGGAAUACUUCCAGGUACAACCCCUAAAUGCCAGGCCCAAAAUCUUCGGGAUGACCGCUUCACCAUACUGGAACCAGAAGAACCCUGCGCUUUCAUUAUCAACUCUCGAAGCCAACUUGGAUGCCAAGAUUAUCGGGGUACAUGAACACGUAGAAGAGCUUCAGAGUCAUUACUCGAAACUGAAUGAAGUGAUAGAGAAGUAUCCAUACCCACCGGAGACGUACAACUUUCCCGAGCCAACUCUCUACCAAUGUUUGAGCGUCUUCUAUGCCUCUGAUCCUACAUCUUUCGAUGCCAUGGACAUCCCCUGGACUAAGCUCGCCAUGAGGCACAACAUGACUCUCGGCAACAUCGGGCCAUAUUGCGCAUCCCUGUACCUGUUCUCUGAAAUGCGCCACAUCCUGAGCGGUCUGCAUUACAAGGUAAUGAAGAUUCUGGCGACAGAAGAACAAAACGACGCGAUGGCCAUCAAAAUCGACGUGUCCUCGGCGCACCCAACCAAACUCCCUCCACUCGCGUUGUAUGAUUUGCUCGAGAUCAUCGACGGAUUCGAACCUUAUUUUGUUUCGUCGGAGGAGACAUCCGAGCUGCCGAUCCCCGUCCCUUUGGAUUGGUGCACCCCUAAGCUUCGUAUCAUGGUCAACAUCAUUCGAUCGCACCUCGCAAACCCGAUCCAAAUGAUCAUCUUCGUGGAGCAGAGGCAAACAGCUGCAUGCCUUGCUCAGGUUCUCGAGGUCAUUCCCGAACUGAAGGGUUUGGCAAAAUGUGGCUACCUGAUGGGACAUGGAACUGCGGGAGACAUCACAAGGCGGGAUGAGGAGAGGAAGUCAAAGGCCGAUCCGAUCAAGCUGUUUCGAGAGAAGGAGAUCAACAUCCUAAUCGCAACGUCAGUCGCGGAAGAGGGCCUCGACUUCCCGGCGUGUGAACUAGUCAUACGUUUCGACCCGCCCAAGCACCUUGUCGGCUAUGUUCAAUCACGAGGAAGGGCUCGAAGCAAAGUUUCGAAAUACAUCGUGAUGAUCCAACAAGAAGACACCGACCAAUUAGAACGAUACCAAGCCCUCCAGCGCGGGGAACUGGAACUAAGCAAAACAUACCACAACCGCACGAUGCCAGAACGAGACGAAAGUGAUACCAUGUACGAUGAUGAUACCCACCCCAUGGACCUGGCGGAACGAGAACGAUUCGUUGUACCCUCCACAGGAGCGGUGCUCACCUAUGACAACGCCCUCAGUCUGAUCAACCACCUAUGCGCUUUGAUACCCAGGGAUUCCUUCACUGAAGCCUACAAACCACAGUUCAUCGGGGAUUUCCAAAGUCGGAUGCGGCUCCCCGCAAGUCUGCCUCUACAGCCUCGCGAUCUUGUUUACCUCGGCUACCCGAAGAGGUCGAAGCAAGAGGCCAAACGAUCAGUCGCCUUCCAGGCUGUCAAACGACUGUUGAAGUUGAACGUCUUCGACGACUACCUCUUGCCUGUCUCCUCUGAAAGGCCGGGGGAUUUUGACGACUCGGCGUAUCUUCACCGGGGGAACAAGCUUCCUCCAGACGUCAUGGAGGUUCAUGUCAAGGAUCCUUGGUAUAUGGGCCCGAAGCUGUGGUUGCAUCCGAUAGUCCUCGAUUCUGAAACGACCGCGGGUUUGGUGACUGGCACGUCCCUCCCCCCAACGGACAUCCUCGUCGACCAAAUGGACUGCAAGCUCCUACCCGGUACUCUUCUCGCUUUCGACCCCGAAGACGAGCGAGAGCAGCGACGACUGAUGCAGGAUUUCACCCAUCUCGGCGUCUGGGCGCGUAAUACUGCCAAGCCAAUCAUCCACGACCUAUCCUUCUUCCUGGUUCCUUUGACAUCCACUCAUCAGCCAGACUUUGCUUGGAUGCAGCACAUUGUGGAUGGCCAAAAAGGCUCGCAUGACUGGAGCAACAUCACCGAGAAGGAUUACGGCCAGACAUGGGUUUUCAACACUAAUCAAAUAGGACGAAUCUACCAACUGCAGUGUAUCCGGAACGACCUCGCUCUCGAUUCAAGACCCCCACAAGGAUCGCUCGAAGGUGGUUAUGACACGUAUCGUCGGUACUUCGCUACCAAAUGGGCAAGGAAGAAGCGGGAGGCGUUCCUUCCCAAGGGAGGACCACUCAUCGAAGCGACCGUCCUGGCCCGAGUGGAUUCGGGGGAGUACGACCACGAGGGUGGAAACACGACGAUAAAGAAGGCAAAGACAGAUGGGCGGACAUAUAUCUUGCCCCGGGAUUGUUGUCGAGUGCUUCACUUCCCCACCUCCCUUUCCAAUACCUUCAGGGUCCUCCCCGCCCUCUGUCGAAAGAUUACCGACAUAUAUCGGGCACGAGUUGCUCGAAUCGCACUUCGACUUCCGUUCAUCGAGGACAAGAUUCUCAUCGAGUCCUUGACCAUCCCUGCCGCACUUCUCGCUUUCAGCAACCAGCGACUGGAAACCCUAGGAGACGCGGUCCUUCAGCUGUGCACCACUGUGCAUCUUUUCAACCAAUACCCCAAUCGUCACGAAGGCCAACUUACGACCCUGCGAAGGGCGACCGUUUCGAAUAAGUUUCUCCUUCAAAGGGCUCUAGAGAUGGGGCUGGAAGAAUACAUCACUGUCGAGAUUGCAUCCGUUGCUAGAUGGAGGUAUAUCCUGGGUGAAGACGCGGAUACUGCACCCCCGAGGAGUGUGAGGACGCUGGUACCCAGGAGGAGCUUGCAGGACUGUAUGGAGGCCCUUUUGGGAGCGAGCUUCUUGCAGGGAGGGAUUCCUAUGGCUCUUCAGGCUGGACCAUCGCUCGGUGUCGAGUUUGGAGGACCUCUCCCUUGGGAGAUGAGGUAUGAACGCAAAGGCCCGGCGGAGGUGGCUACCACCCAUCUCUUUGACACACUUCAGGAGAGGCUGGGAUACACCUUCCACUCCAACAGCAUUUUAGUUGAAGCAGUUACACACCCUUCGUUUGCGACUGAUGGACCAUCUUAUCAGAGGCUGGAAUUUCUUGGUGACGCCAUCCUCGAUCUCGUCGUUGUGCACUACCUCUACGAAAAAUUCCCCGAGGCCAACUCGCACCAACUCUCCCUCCUGCGAGCGAAGGUCAUCUGCGCCCCCACCCUCGCUUACCUGGCAAUCAAAGAACUCGGGGUUCACAAAAUUUUGCUCAUCAACAACAUGGGAUUGUACAGAGCUAUCGAAGCCUAUGUUCCUGUUUUCGAAGAUAUCACCGACGAGGAAAUAGCAAGGUCGUAUUACAAGUUUGACCCUCCCAAGGCCAUCAGCGAUGUUUUCGAGAGUCUUGUUGGGGCAGUUCUCGUGGACUCGGGGUACAACUACGACAAGACGUCGGCGGUGGUGUUGGAUAUCAUGUCCAAAGUGCUCGAUCAGCUUAGCCUAGACAUGGCAAAGGACCCUGUUUCUCUGUUGUUGGAGUGGGUGGCUCAACAUGGAUGUCGGGAGAUCUCUUUCAGUAAAAACAGGAAGUUCAACUACGACGCCGGAGUUGUAUUAGAGGUCCACGGCAAGCAAGUUGUCGGACCCAUCGUAGCAUCAAGCCCGGGAGUUGCCAAGUUUAUCGCAUCGGAGAGGGCGCUGUCGAUCCUCACGGAUGAGUCGAACGAGCUGGCGCUGUCCAAGUUGUGUGACUGCGAGGAGAAUCGACAGAACAUGGAAAUCGAUGUUGAUGCUGCUCUGGCGGAGAUGAAGGUGGUCACCCCCGAGCCUGUCGCACCUCCCGAAGUGAGUGGAUCGGAGGACGGGGAGAUUGAAUCGGACGAAGAGGAAGACAUGAGGCGCAUUAAUGACAUGCUCGCGGGGCGCAUUCAAGCUGGGGACGGAUCGACUCCUGACAUGGUUGAUGAAGACACUGAUAUCGCCUCAUCAGACGACGAAAUGGACUAG